CCAGCGGGGGCACCUUGAAGGUUAAAGGCUCCAGUCCAAAUCGGGCCUUGUCUUGAAGGGGAGGGCACAAGAGGCCCCCUCAGCUGGGGUGGGGGAGGGCCACAAAGGCAGGGCUGCCUCGCUCUCUGGCGCCUCAGACAGAGGGGGGGCCAUGCACUUCUCACCGGAAAUGAAGCUGGGGAUGGAGCCAGAGUGUUGGAAGCUAAAGCGACCAAAGAAGCUGAAAGAACACUUAAGCAGGGAAUUAGUGCAAGAGGAGGAAGAACGGUUGAUGGAAGAAAAGAAAAAGAGGAAAGAGGACAAGAAGAAGCGAGAAGCUGCUCAGAAGAAGGCUGCUGAACAGAAAAACAAAGUGCCAGAACCGCCCAAGCCUGGUGUUGCAAGCCCAUCUCUGCCUGUUGCCUCCGUUCCCACCGGUCCUCCCGCAGCAGCAGCCGGUGGCAGCAGUAGCAACAGCAACAACAAUGCCCGACGGCCUGCAGGCAGCCACCCACAGCCAGCUCCGCAGCAGCAGCAGCCUUCUCCUCGCUACCCACCCCGUGAAGUGCCGCCCCGGUUUCGGCACCAGGAGCAGAAGCAGCUUCUGAAGCGUGGGCAACAGCUGCCGGGGCUGGCAGGGAACCUGGGGGCGACAUCCAAACUGCCCGGAGGCAGCCCGGCCACGAGCGAGCAGCUGGCCGCUGGGGAAGAAGAGCCGAGCAGCAGCCAGAAGCAGUCAGGCAUGCCUCCCAUUCGGGACCUGGUCAGCCAUUCCUCUAACCUUUCAGAUCUGAGCCACAGCACGCGAGGACCCCAUUAUGAGCACGCGCCCUGGGGAGCCACCUCUUCCAGCAGCGACUGCAGCACAAAUUGGGAGAAGGUCCUUGUAGACGGCUCAGGCAAGGAGGCCUGGCCCUUGGGCACUGGCAGUGACGCAGAGCUGGCUUUGGGAUGCUUGGACCCUGACUCCACCUCCAGCUCCGGGGCGGAGAAGAGCUUGGCGCUCAUGGCUUCCCGAGGCACGGAGGUCAGCAGCAUGCCCAAUGGCAUCGCACACGGCUCUCCGGCCAAGCUUGCCGGUGGCAGCCACAGCAAUAACGGGAGCAGGCCAUGGGGCUUGUGCCUCAGCACUGUCGGGAGCCCAGGGCCAGCUCCUGCAGAGGCCCUGAAGAGCCCGUCUGAAAGCAGCAGCAGCGGCGGCGGCAGAAUGAACACUUGGGGGGCCCUCAGCCCUUCGUCUGGUGGAGGAGGGUUCAGUCCCAGCACUUUGAACGCCAGCAGCAGCCGGGGGCCCUGGCCUGCAUUGGAGAGCAAUGCGCAGCCCCUGAAAGGAGCCGCUGGAGGGGGCAGCCCGGCGGCCGGCCAUCCGAGCGGCAGCAGCAACCUCGGCUCCUGGGGGAGCCUCCCAGAGAGCAGCUGUGACUCCCCCGGAGGCAACGGCACCAGGAAGGCUUUGCAGGGCCACGAGCCACCUCAGAACCUUCGCCCUGAAGAGAACGGACCAAAUAAGAACACUACUCACUUGAUGACCUCUCGUUUACCAAACUCCGCUGGCUCCGGGCAGCCGAGCGAGCCGGCCGGCAGCGACACGGGCCCUGGCACCUGGGGGAGGAGUGGCAGGAGCUCUUUGGCUCUGCUCCAGACCUCACCGCCAAUCAGCGGCCCGUCCGCUCCUCACCUGAGCAAUGGAGAAGCCAAAAUCAGCAGCGCAGCCUGGGCAGGUACCUACGGCUCUGCUUUCUCUGGAGACCGAUCUUCUGACUCCAGCGGCCACGCUGGCAGCGACACUGUGAAUGCAACUCUCGUGCAGCCAGGAGGAAGGAGCAGCAGCAGCACAAACUUGGAACCUAACGGGGAUAAAGCCUUGCGGGGGUGGGCGAGAGCAGGGGCAGCCAGCCCCCCGAACCUGCCAUGGGGGGGAGGGACAGGCUCCGGAGGGGGCAGCCAGAGCGGCUGGGGCGGCCCGGCCCUAAGCACCAACUUGGCAGAGGGAGAGUGGAACCAGCACCCCUCCGAGAAUGGCAGCAGGAGCACCAAGAAGUUCCCGAGUGCGUGGCAGUCCGCCGAGGAGGAGAACGCCAGCAUGGAGGUGCAGAGCGCUGUGGUCUCUCCCGCCCCAGAGCGACAGCAGGGCAGGUGGGCCAAGGCCAGCCCCGGGGGGAGCGAAGCGGGCCCCGACAGCCCCGAGGAGAGGUCAGCAGCAGCCGCCGAAGGGGCUGGUGGCGAGGGAAGGAAAGCUGACCAGUACUCACUGCUUCAGAGCAUCGUGAACCGGACGGGCCUCGACCCCCGGGUCCUCUCCAACUCUGGCUGGGGCCAGACGCCCAUCAAGCAGAACACGGCCUGGGACACGUCGGCAGCCUCCCCGCGAGGGGAGCGGAAGGUGGACAACGGCACCGAGGCCUGGGGAGGCGUGGAGGAGAGGCUCGGCCUGAGCGGUCCCGCUGGCCCUUCAGGAUCCGGGUGGGGCGAGCCCAAGUCUGCUGCUAGGUGGGGGGGAGACUCCAAGGGGGGCUGGGAGCGACCGGCCGCUCCUGCACAGGCCAAAGGCAAUCCCUCGUGGGCAGCAGGUGGCAAAGAGGAGAAGCUCUCCCCCUCCCCCUGGAGCGACGGGGAGAAGUUCAGGCCAGGAUGGGGAGACGGGGGGCAGAAGGCGAGCCCCGGGUGGGCCGGGCCCCCGGCGGUUGAAGGCUGGGGGGAGAACGCAAGGAGCAAUCAUUGGGGCGAGAUGAAGAAGUCCAGCUCCGGCAGCAGCGACAGCGACAGGUCUGCCUCCGGCUGGAAGGAGCCGGGCAAGGCUGGCGCUGCCCACUGGGGGGGAGGGGGCCGAGCCAACGCCAACGCCUCCUCCGGAUGGGAGGAGCCCGCCAAGCCCAGCCAGAGCCCCCAGGCCUGGGGGGAGGCUCCCAAGGCGGGGCGCGCUCAGAGCUGGGAAGCGGCCAGGUCCCCCGCCUCGCCAGACUGGGCCAAGCAGCCCUCUCUGAGCAAGGCACAAGGCGUGGGGUGGGCGGGGAGGCCCGUGCCGGCCCCGGCCAAGGAAGAAGAGCCCACCGGCUGGGAGGAGCCGUCCCCCGAAUCGAUUCGCCGUAAAAUGGAGAUUGAUGACGGGACGUCUGCUUGGGGGGACCCCAGCAGGUACAACUACAAGAAUGUGAACAUGUGGGACAAGAACACCCCGAGGGGGGGCGACUCUUUGGACCAGCAAGCACACGGCCCUCCCCAGCGCCUGCCCUCCCACCCCGCACCCAGCGCCGGCCCAGAGAGCAGCAGCGGUGGCAGCACAGGCUGGGGGGAGCCCCCUCCCGCUCCCCCAACGGUCGACAACGGCACCUCUGCCUGGGGCAAGCCUGUGGAGAAGGGGACAAGCUGGGGAGAGGUGGUCAGCGAUGGUGGGAGCUGGGGCAGCGUGUCCAUGAGUCAGCCGGCUCCUCAUAAAGCUGGGCCCAAGUCUUUGCCCGCGGCCGAUGGCUGGUGCGGAGGCGACAUGCCCUUGACCACCGGGUGCCACCAGGCCGGCUGGGAGGAAGCGGAGGACGUGGAGAUCGGAACGUGGAACGGCACCUCGGCCCAAGACGUUGGCAGCACCUCUCUGAAUUGGGCCUCCUCCUAUGCAAAGAGGUUGCCCCCCAAGGGAACAAUGAAAAAUGGCAACAAGCAAGAGGAAACAUGGAUCAAUCCGUUUGUUAAGCAAUUUGCCAAUCUCAACUUCUCUAGGGAAUCCCCCGAAGAAAUCCUGCACAGCAAUAAGAUGGACAUAUCUGGAGGCGUCUUGCCGGACAAGCGGAUGGAGAUGGAGAAGCACAGCCUGGCCGCUGGCGAUUACAGCCGGGUGGUGGGGAAAGGCCCUGCCGGCGCCCGUCCUCAGAGUUCCAAAGAGUCUUCCAUGGAUCGAACCCCUUACUUUGAGAAGGAUGGCCUUCUCGUAGCAGACGAUCCUAUGAAUGUGCCGUUUCUGCCCGGCCAGAACACAAAGCCCCCCCCUCCUGGCAGCGCUCUACCUAACCAAGCCCUCGGCUCCCUGGCUGGGCUGGGCAUGCAAAACUUGAAUUCUGUGAGGCAGAACGGCACCCCCGGCGCCUUUGGGACCCCAGGAGGCGCCCAGCCCCGGAGCCUGCAGCCAGCGCAGCCUCUGCCCUCCUCUCAGCCCCCCUCGCGAGCUCAAGUGCCUCCACCCCCGUUGCUGUCCCCUCAGGUUCCUGUCUCUCUGUUGAAGUAUGCACCAAACAAUGGGGCGCUGAGCCCGCUCUUUGGGCCACAGCAGGUAGCCAUGUUGAACCAACUCUCCCAGUUGAACCAGCUCUCCCAGAUCUCCCAGUUACAACGCCUGCUUGCCCAGCAGAGGAAGGCCCAGCCACCCCGAAACAUGCCUGCGGGGGGCCGCCAGCCAGAGCAACAGAGCCGCCCCCUGGGCCUGCCACAGCCCUGCCAUUUGGACCCCGCCCUCCUCCUCCUCAAGCAGCAGCAGCAGCAGCUCCAGUCGCCUGCCUUGAAGUCCUUCCUGGAGACCGAGCUGCAGAAAGGGCCGGGGCAGAGCAGCACUCCCUUCAGCAACUUCCCCCUUGCCGGACUGAACUCCCACUUGAAUGUAAGCAUGGACAUGGGCAACAUAAAAGAGCCACAGUCCCGGCUGAGGAAAUGGACGACGGUGGAGAGCGGGGCUGCAAACGCCUCGCUGGAUCAAAACGUCAGCAAAAAUGGUGCUAUUUCCAGCGGCUUCAGGAUGGAGGAAGCCCCCUUUGUCCCCUAUGACUUCAUGCACAGCAGCAGUUCUCCCAGUCCUCCAGGCUCGAUCGGGGAUGGCUGGCCACGUGCCAAAUCGCCGCCUAGCGGCUCCAGCAGUGUCAACUGGCCCCCAGAGUUCCGCCCUGGUGAGCCCUGGAAAGGUUACCCCAACAUCGACCCUGAAACGGACCCCUACAUCACUCCCGGGAGCGUCACCAACAAUCUCUCCAUCACCACUGUGCGGGAGGCUGACCCCCUCAGGGACAGGAGCACUGCUGGGUCAUCCUCAUCUCUGAACACCGCGCUGCCUUCGACUAGUGCCUGGUCCUCCGUUCGUGCCUCCAGCUACAAUGGUUCCCUCAGCAGCACAGCACAAAGCACUUCAGCUAGAAACAGUGACUCCAAAUCCAUGUGGUCUGCGGCCUCCCUGAGCAACUCCUCCUUGGCUCACGAGCUGUGGAAAGUCCCUCUGCCCAGCAAGGGCAGCAUCCCUGCCCCAUCACGCCCGCCCCCGGGGCUGAGCGGCCACAAGCUGCCUCUCCCGGCCUGGGACAGCUCCAUGCGGCUGGGCGGCGGCGGCUGGAGCAGCCCCGAGGCCAGAUACGCCCCUGCGGGUUCCCAUUGGGUGGAGAGCAGCUCAGGGGGACUCACUAGCUGCUCUCUCAUCUUGAAGAACCUCACGCCGCAGAUUGAUGGCUCCACCCUGCGGACGCUCUGCAUGCAGCACGGGCCGCUCAUCACCUUCCACCUGAACCUCCCGCACGGCAACGCCCUGGUCCGCUACAGUUCAAAAGAAGAGGUGGCAAAGGCACAGAAGUCCCUGCACAUGUGUGUCUUGGGGAACACGACAAUCCUGGCGGAGCUAGCCAGUGAAGAGGAGAUCAGCCGCUUCUUUGCACAAGGCCCGUCUCUGGCCCCCUCCUCCCCGGCCUGGCAGUCCCUGGGCAGUGGCCAGAGCCGGCUGGGCUCCCUGGACGCCUCCUCCUCCCCCUCCGCCUUCCGCAGCAGCGGCGGCAGCAGCGGCGAGCUGAGCAAUCACUGGACGGGGGCUGGACUGCAGGGGGGCGGGGGUGGGGAGCUCCCAAGCACCUCCCUCUGGGGGGGGAGCCCCAGCUACCCCUCUGCUGGCCUGUGGGGCUCCCUGGGCAGCGGCGAUGGCCAGGGCCUCAGCAGCCCCUCCCCACUCCACGCAUUCCUCUCCUCCGUCGACCACCUGGGGGGCAGCCAGUGCCACCCCCUCUCCUCCUUCAGCGAAUGA